AUGGAGUCAUCUCCUCCUAGGGCCACGAUGAACGGCGUCGGCCCUACGGCAGGCGUCAAACGUCCUGCUUCGUUGCUGCCCGCCUUCGAGCUUCUGAGCUCGUCACCGGCCCUCCCUCGACCUCAAAAGAGAAUGGCACGAGAUGCAGGAGAUUAUCCCACCCCAGUGCCAACUUCUUCAACCCAUAUCAUGUCCUCGUCUCCUCCUCAUAUGUCCAUGGCUCGACCAAAACUUCAGCGUAGCGUCUUCUCGUCGAGUACCACUGAACGCGCCCCAUUGUCCACCGUCCCUACCUUGAUGCUUCCCGAGUCUGGAGAAUCUUUGCUCAUGGGAAGAUCGAGCGCGUCAUGCCACCAUCAGCUCUCUGCCAAUCGACUAAUAUCACGCGUUCAUGUGAAGGCAACGUACAAGCCUGCCGGCAACCCCUUCGAUCGUGACCGCGUCGAGAUCAUGUGCACGGGUUGGAACGGAGUCAAAUUGCACUGCCAGGGGAAAACAUACGAUUUGGCCAAGGGCAAAACUUUCACAUCUGAUAUCAAAGAUGCUGAUAUCAUGAUCGACGUGCACGAUGCUCGGGUUUUGGUUCAGUGGCCUCGAAACGAUCGCAAAGACUCGUGUUCGACCGAGCCUGAGCUUGCUUGGGACGCAAGUUCUCCUCACAAGUCGCGUUGUGACCUUCAACAAAGUCCUAUCAAAGAAGCACCUCGUCUCGUGUCGCCUACUUCUCCUUCACCUCUAGCCAGAAACCGUAUACCUCCGUCAUCGCCUUUGCUCAGCCCGAGUCGAUUACAUAGCACGAUAUCGAUCUAUGAAGAUGAACCUUUGUCCCCAACGCCUGCCAAUAGAGAAGCAAAGACACUUAACGCGUCUCUUACCACAACAUUUGACCACAGCUUGAAUGACUCGCAUCGCAGUGCUUUGGGCCAGCUAUCAGACACAUUCGAGGACUUUUCUGACCAUGACGAAGAAAACGAUCCCAUUGUUCAUUCUUUUGGUCCCUUUGGUGAAAACCUCUUGCCGCGUAUGGCUCAGUUCCGUGCUGGUGAUUCUCCAACACGGGUUGCUCGUCCUCGUACUCAACCAGAACCUCUUCGUUCAGUACACCCCCCGCCACAGCCGGUAGCAAUCAAAACAGAGGAGGCACAGGAAAAGAAAAAGGAGAAGGAACAGGAACCAGAAGAGAAACCAAAGAUCGAUGAGCGAAGAGCCGCAGCUAUUGCCGCCAUUCAGAACCACGCCGCUAAUCAACUCGCGUUUUCCCGUCUAUCUUCAACUCCUCUGUCCACUAUUCUCCAAAACUUGCCGGCUUCUCUCUGGAAAUCUAAUUCCAACCCAGUAGAACGCUUCACGCGUCACGAAGUCAGAACCAUCCUCGAGGAUUCAAAAUGCAUUGGUGAGGUUAUUCGUGAAGGAAAAGAUGCUGCUGGAAAGGCUCUGGAAAGCGAAUUUUACUAUAUUCCGGACAAUGAUGAGGACGAAAUGCGUCGACAGGCUGUUGUCAACGAUCUGCGCAAACCUGGCUUGCGGAACUGCAGAAAACAACACAAGCAAUACUACUGGCGAAAACCCAAAUGA